AGACUCGUUGACUCACAUAGUGACUCAUAGAUUCACGUAAAAAAUGCACCUCAAAAAUGCACUUCUUUUUUUGAUCUCAUCCAUUUUUGGCAAGCGCUGUGCAGUCGAGAGGCAGCGGGAACAUUCACCGGGUGAAGCGGGGCGCCCCUUCUGAUGCAACCCGUCGUGACGGUCCAGGGACGGCACUGCUGAGCGGCUGGCACAGUGACCAAGGGGUGAUUGAAAUCCGCUUGCUCGGCACAUCGGGGCGGCUGGCGUCCGAACCAACAGAGAAAAAUGCGAUCUGCGGGGAUCUCUCUCGUCCUUCUGCUGACUGCAGUCAUCCCUGGAGUUCAUCUUCAGACAGCCGGUAAAUUCUGGCACAUCACGGACCUGCACGUGGACCCGGCGUACCAGGUGACAGAUAACUCGACGGCCGUGUGCCCGUCAUCCCGCGAUCCCGUGCUCAACCCUGGCCCACUGGGCCACUACCAAUGUGACGCGCCAUGGGCCCUCAUCCAUUCGGCGCUCAACAACAUGAAGAGGAUCCUCAAAAACCCCGACUUCAUCCUGUGGACCGGAGAUGACACUCCACACGUGCCUGACAGUGCACUGGGAGAAGAAGCCGUCCUGGAAAUUAUCAAAAACUUAACCGACAUCAUCACGGCAGCCUUCCCUGGCGUGACCGUGUACUCCGCCCUGGGCAACCACGACUUCCACCCAAAGAACCAGCUGCCUCCGCACAACAACAGCAUCUACUCCCGAGUGGGAAGCAUGUGGCAGCACUGGAUGGCGCCGGAGUCCCUGGGCACCUUCCACAAGGGAGCCUACUACUCCGAGAAACUGGUGGGCAGGGCGGGUCAGCGCAUCGUGGUGCUGAACACGAACUUGUACUACGCCAGUAACGUGCAGACCGCCGGCCUCGCCGAUCCUGCCGGGCAGUUCGACUGGCUCGACAAAGUCUUGACCAACGCCAGCGCCAACAAGGAGAAGGUGUUCAUCAUCGGCCACGUGCCCCCCGGCAUGUUUGAGAAACUCCGCGGCAAGGCGUGGUUCACGGAGGAGUCCAACCGGCGCUACGUGCAGCUGGUGCUCAAGCACCACGCCGUGAUCGCCGGGCAGUUCUUCGGGCACCAUCACACGGACAGCUUCCGCCUUUUCCGGGACGAGCGGGGCAACGCCGUGAGCUCCAUGCUCAUCGCCCCGGGAAUAACGCCCUGGAAGACCACGCUGCCUGGCGUGGACGAUGGCGCUAACAACCCCGGCAUCCGAGUGUUUGAAUACGACAAAGCCACUCUGCAGCUCCAGGAUAUGCUCACGCACUACAUAGACCUGCAGACGGCAAACAGCGGCAACUUGGAUCCCGUGUGGAGCCAGGAGUACAGCCUUCGCCUGGACUUCUCGGUGCCGGACGCGUCCACGGCCGCGCUCGACUCCUUGCUGCAGAAGAUGAACGCAGACCCGGACUUGUUCCAGAAGUACUACAACUUCAACUCCGUGAGCUACGACAAGAGGGCGUGCGACGCGGCGUGCCGGGACGACCACUACUGCGCCAUCGGGGAGGUGGACUUUGAUGCCUACGAGGGGUGCGUCGACCUCCGGAGCGCCGCGCCUCCUCGCGCGCCCCUUGGCCCCGCGAUCGCGCUCCUCGCUCUGUCUUUCACGGCCCUGGGUUAAACAAUUCAGAGAACCGGUGCACGUGAUUGAAAUGCUAGGAUUAAAACCCCCACCACCGGUAGAAUUCUUCUUUCGUAUGGCCUAUGAAGGGCAACUUUUUGGAGAUUCAGACGAAAGCGAUUUAGCGAACCAACCACGUUGACUGGGUGAAUUGUCGAUGCAACCGCCCACUGCUUCGCUGUCUGUUUGGGGUACUGGGAGGUGCUGUGGUUCAUGGGUUGGAGCCCGAAGCAGCAGUCGCACGCAGGACGUGUUCGAUUUCCCACUCGUGCAUCAGGGUUUUUUUAUUGGCACUGGUAAAACCCAUUGGGCAAUGAGUAACUUCCAUGGGGAACUGGUUUCAGCAUAUAAAUGUUUACAUUUCUCGUGGUUUGUGGUUCCGGUGAAGCGGUCCAAAUCUUUGCCAGUGACACCACCUUAUAAAACAUAUUAGGCUGCACAUUGCCGCCAAACAUAAAACAGUACAUUGAAUAUCGGACUCACAGCCCAAGGUGUCGCUAGAUGUGCGAACGUACAAGUGACCGUCACACGGUGGAGGCUACUGGCCAAAGAAAAAAAUGCUUGAAGCAAGACGCAGUUUAGAAGCGAAUGUACACGAGAGAAAACUAUCAAAAAUUAAUCUUUAACAUCUAAGAGUUGCACCACAAAAUAUUGACUGGAUGUGGGUGGAUAAUUGGUUCGGGCGGAUGUGUGACGUGCUGUGUGCACAUACGACAGAUCGGUGUUUUUGAAGAAUGAACUUAAGUGCCAUUGCCCGAAAGGUUAAUGAAGGUAGCGCGUUUUUAUAAAUCGUAGUUUUACACCACCGCCUAUGCAAUGUCUUAAAUUGUUUUUUAUUUAAAUAUGAAAUGCCUUGUCAAUGUAACUUGAAUCUUCAGAAUUUAACAGUCGUCAAUUUCCAGACCAAACGUGGAUUUGCAUAGUUUCACUAUUGGGUUGUUUGUAGCAUCUUACAAAGCAACUUUAUAACCCAGGACAUGCUUACCUUCUAUAAUUAUAAUGGGCUAAACUUAACAUUGACACUGUACCAAAUCCAUUUCUGGUUACAAGUGGGCAGACAAUAUUUGCCCAUGCCUGUCAUCGCUCACCAACACUUGAAUGUAAUUAAGGGAAAUAAUACAAAUACAAAACACGCAUUCUAAUCAGCAACUUUUCCACAGCAAGUGGGCAAUAAAGGCACAUGAGAGACGAAGUGUUUUCUUUGCGCGACUGAAACUUCAUGUUCAGACUUGACAAGCUUUCUGAACGCAUGGAACAGUGUAAAGACAAGCAGGUUUUGGCUUUAUUGGAAAAAUGUGAGUGGAUUGGCAUACAGAACAAAUGCAAAAAUGAACUACACUGCAUCGAAAACAACACAGCAUCAUGCGGCCCGCCCAGUUAUUGAAGCAAGAGUCUGAGUUUAGGGAAACUCGAUCAAAAGCAAAUGGCUUCAUGAGUGGCUAAAACUGCUUCAACCGAAAACACAAGGUGGAAUCUGAUAUUCAAGUCUCUCCAGUAUUGUAUUCAGAUAUAUAUUUUCAUGUCGUAUACUGGUCAUAGCUAUACAUUUUAGCCAUACAUAUUAGCUGGCCAAAUGAGUUCAGAAGAUGUAUAAAUAUAGUUUGGUGAAACUCACUUAACCAAAACGCAAGUUAGAUGGUGUUACGAUGUACUUCUGUAUACGGCGAGCAUCCGUACGAAGGCUUGCUUCAAGAUAGAAGACCUUUCAGCACAACAGUAUUUCCAAAACCCAAUCAUCCAAACAGCUGUGUGGGAUUGUCACCAUUGAAUACAAUGGCUUGUUCAAAAAUAAGUCCAAUCCACACAGCUGCAAUUACACAGAUGUCAGGACAGCAAAUCUGCACUUCAGAAAUACUAUUACGGCUAGUGCAUCUGCCCGAUAUGAAUGUAUGACACGUGAACUUGUAACUCAAGAGCUAUUUGAAAAUGUAGCGAGAUGCUAACAGUUCGCAAACUCCGUUAUGUAAUUAGCAACUGAAUAAAAAGUCAAAACUGCAAAAUGUACGAAUAUUCAAUAAUCAAUUUAUAUAGAAUGCUCUGCAAAGCAAGAGGAACAAUGUAUCCAUUUUCACGCGUGCUCGAUUUUAUAAAGAUAAACUUUUGGUUAGUUCCAAACAGUCACACAAAGUGAAACCACCAGUCGAUCACCCUCGCCAUGCAAAACACUCACCAAAUCCACCCACAUAAGUUCAAUCAAGAAUGUUAUCAAGAUUUCCCUAAGCAGCAAAUGAAUACAUUAAUAAUGAACUCUAGAAAGCACAGUAUUAGCAUCACACCAAAAGGAGUUAAACGGUAUCACUGUUAGUAAAUAAGAGCAAUUUAUCCAUAGUCACCAAAAUGUGAAAAGUACUGAGCAGCCGAGACGACCCGUAGCAGGCCAAGGAAACACUGCAAAGGCGCUGCUUGGUACACACAGGCGCUCCCCAAACACGGUUUACAUUCAAUGCACGCCCACGCACUGUUCUUAAAUAACUUUAACAGCCAGCAUGGCAGAUGCAGUGGUGGAACAGUUUCAUGCUCAGGUUUGAAGAUAAAAUUAGUCCAGACCAUCUGUAGCUAUUAGUAAAACAUUGGCAUACAUGUGUUGUACACUGAGACCCAGAUUUGUGUUCAUUCGUUACUGUAAAUAUAUACGCUAUGAGAGAGUUAUGCUUCCGAAGUUUAACUGCAUCAGUUUGGGAAAUAACACUUUAAAUUGGCUCGAUGUGGAACCCAUGUGUACUGGGCAUAAAGGGCACAGCACCACUCUUGGUCUCCACAAGGCAUACACAGUAGAAACCGACAAGCUGAGGAUGUAAAAUAUUGGACCCCAAUAAUUGAAAUUGUUCAUUUGUCUUGAAAAGAUAGCAAAACAAAUACCACAAACAUGCAUAAAAUAGUUACCAUUUACUAGCCAUCAAAUUAAAUAUUUUAAUUAGAAUUGAGGAA